CAGUAAAAUCAUUUUGUAUGUGUUAGUUUCGGUCAUUCAUUUCUUAUAGGGUACCUUUUUAAUUAAGUUUUUCUUUUUAAAAUAAAUCUAAAAAAUCAACUAUACAUUAACCUAAACAAAAUGAAUACCAAAAAAAUAUGUAGAUGUUGCAUGGUAAUGGAUGUGCCACUUUUGUCUAUAUACGAUAGUGGUUCGGAUGGAAUGGGUUGUGUUGCAGACAUGCUUAAACAAAUAGCUAAAUUAAAGCCUCAAUCCGCUGACAAAAUGCCAGACAAAGCCUGUCUACAAUGCAUAAGUGAAAUCAAUCGAUGUUAUGUCUUCAAAAUGAAAUGUGAAAAUGCAAAUAGAACGCUUAGGCAAAUAUUUCCAGAUGCAGUACCUGAACCAUUAGAUUGUGUGCCAAAGAAAGUUGAGGUAGUCUCAUCCGCAAUGCAGACAGAAAAUAAAAUACUUAUAUCAUCUAUGGUACAAACAAUAGCGGAAGAGAAACCCCUUUUAGCCCAUAGUAGUGCACAAACUAUUAAUGUAGAACAACCCUCCUUAACACACAGCAGCGUACAGACAAUUAUAGAAGGCAAGCCACUUGUAUAUCAUAAGGAAAUACAAACUGAAUAUGAGAUUAUACCGACUGACAAUUCCCUACCCGAGAGCAUUAUUAUAUAUGAAGAAAUUGAUAAUAGCAAUACAAACACGAAAAAGAGAUUACCCACAUCGCCUCUAAAUAAGCAGGUUUCCAAGAAAACUUGCCUGGAAACAAGAAAAGUCAAUAAUUUACAAACUCUAACGGAAACAGAAACUAAUGUUCAAUCAUCAAAUACCUAUAUAUUAUACGAAGAUUCUCAGGCAGAUUCAAAUUGUUCGGAAGUAGAAGAACUUUACAUACCUAGCUCAGAACAAACACAAAAAGAAGGAGAAUGUAAUCGCUUUGAAUACUAUGAAAACGAGAUAGAAGAUACACAAGACGAACAAGGCGAUAGCCAAUUGUAUCAAGAUAAUAUUCUGGUCUAUAAUGAAAAUUUUAAAAGUAAUAGUGAAUAUGAAAUUGAUAUUUCACAAACCAUCGAAAAAUCUCCACAACAAUCUGAGGAAUACUUAAAAUCUCAGAAAUCAACUAAAGCAUCCUACAAAUCAAAGGGUCAAUACAAAUGUUCGCAAUGUAUAAUGACAUUUGUUAGUAUAAAGGUAUUAAAACGGCAUUUAGCUAAUCGUCACGAUAUUAAAGAUGCUGAACUUAUAAUAGAUUAUUUGCCGACCACUGAAACAGAUGAAACAUCACAGGAUGUUGAACAGCCUUCGUCUUCUGAUAAUGUCACCAAAUCUAAUAUUUCCAACAUUGAAUUAACAGCUGAGAAUGUUCCAAAACCCCAGUUAUUGCCUAGAGAAAAAGUAACAUCUUCGGUAAAUGAGGAAUUACUAACAAAUAUGAAGUAUUUUUGUGAUUAUUGUCAAGCUGGAUUUGCUCAACGUAAAACUUUGACCUCUCAUAUAAAAAAUCAAAUCUGUAUGACGAGUAAUUUUAAGUGCAAUAAAUGUGAGCGCAUCUUCAUUUCUGAGGAAAAUUUGGAAACUCAUAAACUUACACAUGAAAAUCCACACAAAUGUUUAGAAUGUGAUACUGUAUUCAAAACUAUAGAGGAACUUAGUGAACAUAUGAUUGAAAAUCAUAAUAGAAAUGCUCGUAAUCAAUGUCAUGUUUGCAAAAAAGUUUUUACCAUGAAAACAUCUUUAAUGGAUCACCUGCGCAUACAUAGUGGCGAAAAACCAUUUCUCUGUACAAUAUGUGGCAAAAGUUUUAAUCAGAAUUCAAAUCUACGGCAGCAUUUAACACGUCAUAAUAAUGAGAAAAACUUCAAAUGCGAUAUGUGUCCAAAUGCCUAUGUCACGAAAGCAGAACUAUUUUCCCAUAAACGCACACAUACGGGCGAUCAACCUUUUAAAUGUGAUAUUUGUGAGGCACGCUUCACCUCAAACUGUUCAUUGAAGAAACACGUACGUAAACAUACAGGUGAAAGACCUUAUGCAUGUGAAUUUUGUCCCAUGCGUUUUGCUGCUCUAAAUGUUUUGAAAAAUCACCGACGUAUUCAUACGGGAGAAAAGCCUUUUAAAUGCAACUAUUGUUCAAAAUCCUUUGCGCAGAAAGGAGAUUGUCAAAUACACCAAAAAACACAUGUGAAUAAUGAUUUCAAAUGUGUUUGUGAAUCGAAAUUUUCGAAAAAAUCCAAUUUUAGACAUCACCUUAAAACCCAACAUCCUGAUUUUAGCGAAAAACAAGUACAAGCUUUACUAGAUAAAUCUAAUAUGGUCAACGAUAAUGAAGAAGAAUAUCAAAUAACAUUAAUCGAUGACUCUAGUGAGAAAUUUAUUAAUAGUCCUUCUCAGACUGAUGACAUUGAAAAUGAUGGGCAAUCGUCGUUUGUAACGAUUUCUCAUGUUACUAAAAAUGUUACAAAAACAGCUGCCAGCAGUGCUUCCAAUGAUAAUGAAGAUUUUAUGGAAAUUGAUAUGGAGGAGAUGUAAUGUAAUAAGAAAAUGAAGCAAUUAAAUUAAUUCAAAAUCAA